AUGGGCCGCGAACUCCAAAAGCGCAAAAACCGCUCCAGCAUCUCCAAAACCCGGCAAAAGCCCAAAUCCAAAAAGAAAAUCCUCACCAACCCUAUCAUCGCCACCGCCUGGGACAAGUCGCAAUCCCUCGCGCAAAACUACAAACGCCUGGGCCUGACGGCGAAGCUGAACAAGAACACGGGGGGCGUCGAGCGCAACGUCUCGGAUGUGUUGAGGGAGGCGAAGGAGGGCGGGGAGAGGAAGGUGGAUACGUUGAAUAUUGCGAGUUCGUCGCGGAGGAGGGAGACGUUGGAGGUGGGCGAGGCGCGGAUUGAGAGGGAUCCUGUGUCGGGGGCGAUUUUGAGGGUUGUGGAGCAGGAGGGUGGGAGGGCGAAUCCGUUGGGGGAUCCGUUGAAUGAGCUUGAUUCGUCCUCCGAUGACGAGGAGGACGAAGAUGAGACAGAUCUCCUCAACCCCAAGAAACAGCACGGCAACACCAACCCCUCCGCAUCGAUCGACUCCGAAGGCAAGAAGACAGAGACGGUCCGGAGACUAGAGGAAGAAGCGCGGAAACCCGCGGCGAAGUACAAGAGGAAGCAGCCCGAGGGCGAGGUGGCGUUUGUGGAGGAGCUCGUGAGGAAGUAUGGGGAUGAUUAUGGCAAGAUGGCGAGGGAUAUGAAGAUCAAUUAUAUGCAGAGGAGUGCGGGGGAUUUGAAGAGAAGGGUGAAGAAGUGGAGGGAGAAUGGAGGGAGGAUUGAAUGA